AAACGCCUGCUUCCUUCUCUCUCUGGUUUUACUACUAAUACUCUCUCUAUCUGUGGGGUUGUUGCAGAAGCUGUCCAGAUAGGGACCUUUGCUUAUUUUACCUCCUUCCCUUAUCUCCCUUCUUCAUCAUCAUCUUCUUUGAGAGAUGGGGAAUUGUCAGGCUGUGGAUGCAGCUGCUCUGGUGAUUCAGCAUCCGUGUGGGAGGAUAGAGAGGUUGUAUUGGUCUGUGACUGCGAGUGAGAUCAUGAAGAUGAACCCUGGUCAUUAUGUCUCUUUGAUUAUUCCAUUGCCUCUUUCUGAGGAUGAACAACAACACAGCCAAGAACACAAGACUGUUCGUUUCACUCGUGUCAAGCUGCUUCGCCCUAAUGACACUCUCAAUCUCGGCCAUGCUUAUAGGCUCAUCACCACUCAAGAGGUUAUGAAGGUCUUGAAGGCAAAGAAGCUUGCCAAGACGAAGAAGUCUCAGGCAGAGUCGGUGGAGAAGAGUACUGUGCAGGAGAAGCAGCGUUCUGUGAGUGAGGCAGAAGGAGAGAAGCAGGACGCUGGAAACACACGCGAGGCAAUGAGAGCAGAGAGGCACAGGCAAAGAGGGGCAGUAAUAAAUUCUGCUUCUUUUAGGUCAAAAUCAUGGCGUCCUUCCUUGCAGAGCAUCUCAGAGUCUGCAAGUUGAACGGUGCCUACUAAGUUGUGUGGCGAGCACAGUGGUUCACACCAUUAUUGGACUGCCUCUUUCACGUGUGAGAAGUUUCACCUAGCUCAAAUCCUGAUAGAGGGUAAAGAAAAUAGAACAGAGGUUUGAAACAAGAUGGUGCAGUGGCUCAAUGUUUGUAUAGCAUCACCAAGAUGGGAAAAAAAAAAAGAGCAAUGAAAAUUGAAAAAAAAAUAGUGAAACUGAGUUUUGUGAUUGAUAUAGUUACAGAAUCCAAAUCUUCCUUUUACUUAGC